GCGGGGCCGAGCGCAGCCGAGCGGCAGCAGCAGCGGCAGCAGGGCCGGGCGGGCGCGCCGCGCUCGCUGAGGCCGCAGGCCGUGGUCGUUGCGGGGCGGGGGCCGCGGGCUCGCCGCGAUGGAGCCCUGAGGGGCCCGCAGCCCCAGCGCCGAGGCCGCGGCCCGGCCAUGGCGCAGCGCCGCGGGCUCUGAGCGCCGCCCGCCGCCCCAGCGUCGCCGCCCCGGCACCCGCGGGCCCUGCCCGACCCCGCGGCCCCGCAGCGGGCGCCGCCCGCGCCCCGCCAUGUCGUGCGUCCACUACAAGUUCUCCUCCAAGCUCAACUAUGACACGGUCACCUUCGACGGGCUCCACAUCUCCCUGAGCGACCUCAAGCGCCAGAUCAUGGGCCGAGAGAAGCUGAAGGCGGCCGACUGCGACCUGCAGAUCACCAACGCGCAGACCAAAGAAGAAUACACCGAUGACAGUGCCCUGAUUCCCAAGAACUCAUCGGUGAUUGUGAGGAGAAUCCCCAUUGGAGGAGUUAAAGCUACAAGCAAAACAUACGUUAUGACUCCUAAAUCGCACAAAAUCCUAGAAACUACUUUCAGAAGUCGAAGUGAGCCAGUGAGUGGGACAUCAAAAGCAAUUGAUGACUCUUCUGCAUCUAUUUCUCUGGCCCAGCUUACUAAGACUGCCAAUCUGGCUGAAGCCAAUGCUUCCGAGGAGGAUAAAAUAAAAGCUAUGAUGACACAGUCUGGCCAUGAAUAUGAUCCAGUCAAUUACAUGAAGAAACCCGUGGGGCCACCUCCACCCUCCUAUACGUGCUUUCGCUGUGGCAAACCUGGGCACUACAUCAAGAACUGUCCAACCAACGGGGACAAAAAUUUCGAGUCUGUUCCCAGAAUUAAAAAAAGCACAGGAAUUCCAAGAAGUUUUAUGAUGGAGGUGAAGGACCCCAACACAAAGGGUGCCAUGUUGACCAACACUGGGAAAUACGCAAUUCCAACCAUAGACGCGGAAGCUUAUGCUAUAGGAAAGAAGGAGAAGCCUCCCUUCCUGCCCGAGGAGCCGUCCUCCUCCUCGGAAGAAGAUGAUCCUAUUCCAGAUGAGCUGUUGUGUCUCAUUUGUAAGGAUAUAAUGACGGAUGCGGUUGUUAUUCCCUGCUGUGGAAACAGUUACUGUGAUGAAUGUAUUAGAACAGCAUUGCUGGAGUCUGAGGAACACACAUGCCCAACCUGCCAUCAGACAGAUGUUUCUCCUGAUGCUUUAAUCGCCAACAAGUUCCUGCGCCAGGCUGUGAACAACUUCAAAAAUGAGACCGGCUACACGAAAAGGCUCCGUAAGAUUCAGCAACAGCAGCAGCAGCAGCAGCAGCAGCAGCUGCCCCCACCACCCCCUCCACCACCACCGCCCCUCAUGAGGCAAACGAUAACGCGCAACCUGCAGCCGCUGAUGCGCCCGGCCAUGGCCAGGCAGCAGGAUCCACUCAUGAUCCCUCUGGCUUCCCUGGCUUCCCGCUCCGCCCUCUCAUCCUUGGGCCCUGGGCCGUCCAUGGCAGCUGGGCUGCCAGUGAAUCCAUCUUCUGUGGUUGUCUCUGAUCUCCCUCCAGCAGUGUCCCUCUCUCUCCGUGGGGAAAAGCCGGACGGACAUUUUCGCGAUCCUGAUGCUGUGUUGCCUCCUGCUCUGAUGACCGCGGCUGAGCUUUCCAAAUCCUCCCCUUUGUCAAUCAGCAGUUUGUUGGAGGAGAAGGGCUAUCAGGUUCCUGUACUGAGACAACCAGCGAUACCAAGUCUUCUGGGCCCUCAAGGACAAUCAAUACCCACAACUGGUCAUCCAAUGAGAGCUGGUGCACUUCGCAGGCCAGGCUGGGAACUUUCAAAUCGAGGACGCCCGCACAGUGACCGUGCCCAAAGGACUCAGGCCCCAUCACUGCCAGCAUCAGCACCAGUCUUUGUGCCUGUGCCUCCACCUCCCUUGUAUCCUCCACCACCCCAUGCACUUCCUCUUCCUCCGGGGGUACCACCACCACAGUUUCCUCCUCAGUUUCCACCUGGGCAGCCUCCAUCCGCUGGGUACACUGUCCCCCCUCCCGGAUAUCCCCCAGCUCCUGCAAACAUGUCAUCAGCUUGGGUCCCAACAGCAGUGCCAGCGGCUCAUUCAAACACCAUCCCAACGACACAAGCACCUCCUCUCUCUAGGGAGGAGUUUUACAGAGAGCAGCGGAGGCUUAAAGAGGAGUCCAAGUCUCCCUAUAGUGCUUCAUCUUACUCUAGAAGCUCGUACACCUACUCGAAGUCCCGCUCAGGUUCCUCCCGCUCUCGCUCCUACUCGCGCUCCUUUAGCCGUUCCCAUUCCCGUUCCUACUCGCGGUCGCCGCCGUAUCAGAGAAGAGGCAAAGGGAAGAGCCGGAACUACCGCUCCAGGUCCCGGUCCCACGGGUACCACCGCUCGCGGUCACGCUCCCCCCCGUACCGGCGAUACCACUCCCGCUCCCGCUCUCCGGUGUUCAGGGGCCAGUCUCCCACCAAACGGACUGUCCCGCAGGGGGACGCGGAGCGGGAGUACUUCAACCGCUACCGAGAAGUCCCCCCGUACGACAUGAAGGCUUACUAUGGUCGCUCUGUGGACUUCCGAGACCCGUUUGAGAAGGAGAGAUACAGAGAGUGGGAGAGGAACUACAGAGAGUGGUAUGAGAAGUUCUACAAGGGCUAUGCCGUGGGCGCUCAGCCACGGCCUCCAGUGAACAGAGAGAACUUCUCUCCAGAAAGGUUUGGCCCACCUGGGACCAGACGAGAGAAUUCACCGUAUGCUCGGGGACGGAGGGAGGAGUAUGCUGCUGGGCAGAGCCACAGAAAUCGUAAUAUUGCUGGAAACUACCCUGAAAAGCCUGGGAGAGAGAGCCAUGGCAUCAAAGAUCCUACAAAAUCGAAAGAGAAGGAGGUGGAAAAUCCACUGGGAGAUGGCAAAGGCAAUAAACAUAAAAAACACCGAAAGAGAAGAAAAGGGGAUGAGAAUGAAGGAUUUCCCGAUGCUGAGCUGUUAGAAGGGGCGAGAAAACCAAGAGAGCCAGUUCCUACAGAAGAUGCUAAAACAGACUCUCUGUUCAUGCUGCCGAGCAGGGAUGAUGCCACCCCUGUGAGGGAUGAGCCCAUGGAAGCGGAUUCUAUUGCUUUCAAACCAGUGUCUGAAAAGGAGAAAAAAGAGAAGGAUAAGCCAAAAGCAAAGAUUGAGAAGACAAAGCGGAAAGUAGAAGUGGCGGCUGCUCCGAAGAAAGACAACGUGGUGAAACCAGCUAAAGCUUCCCAGGAGAAGGUGGACCCCGAUCGCGAAAAAUCACCUCGAACAGAACCGCCCGUGAAAAAACUGAAGGAGGAGCUGCCAAAGACAGACAGUGUUAAAACCUCUUCAUCUCAGAAAGAUGAGAAAGCUCUCGGUACCCCACGGAAGGUUCACCCCAAAGUGGCAAAGGAUCACCCAGAAACCAGACCAGCCAAGGAGGAGAAGGCAAAGAAAGAGCAUCCAAAAGAAGCCAAGUCAGACAAGCCCUCCAGCAAGGAGGACAAGUCAAAAAAACCUGCUGAGAAGAGCAAAACUUCCGAUGCCAAAACUGAGAAAAGAAAAAGAAAAGCAGAGGAAAAGGUUGAUAAAGAACACGAAGCCGCUUCCGCAAAAGCCUCUAAACCCGAAACUGCAGAAUCGAAAACAUCACCCAAAGGGAAGGGUGAGCCUGAGGGGGAGAAAGGAGAGCGAACACCAGAGAAGGAUAAAGCUGCUUUUCUUAACAACCCCUCCAAAAAGAUUAAACUUAACCGAGAAACUGGAAAAAAGAUUGUGAGUGGAGAAAAUGUACCACCUGGAAAAGAAGCUGCGGAGAAACCUGAGCCCAGCAGCAGCAAAGUUAAGCCAGAAAAGGCAAAGGGAAAAGCGAGAAGGAAGGUGACAACAGCUGAUGGAGCGAGCUCAACUCUUGUAGAUUACACCAGCACGAGUUCUACUGGGGGAAGCCCCGUCAGGAAGCCCGAGGAGAAGCCAGACACCAAACGAACUGUCAUUAAGACCCUGGAGGAGUAUAACAACGACAUAACAGCCCCUGCUGAGGAUGUCAUUAUCAUGAUCCAGGUCCCUCAGUCCAAGUGGGAUAAAGAUGACUUCGAAUCUGAAGAGGAAGACAUCAAAACCACCCCCCAGGUGCCCCCAGCUGUAGGAAAACCCACCAGUGUUAUCAAACCCGUGAGUGCGAAGACACCAAACCCCCUCAAACACACUGAAAAGGAGAUGGAGCCUCUGGAGAAAACACAGAAAGCUGUGAAAGAGGCCAGUUAUGAAAGCGCCCAGCAUGAUGCCAAGAGUUCCAAAAGUUCCGUGUCGAGUGAAAAAGGCAAAACCAAAGACCGGGAUCAUUCUUUGUCAGACAAGGACACUUCUGAGAAGAGGAAGAGCAGUGUUCAGCCAGAAAAAGAGCACUCAGAACGUGUGGCUGAACAAGGAAAUGGAAAAACCAUUUCUCAGUCUUCCAAAGAUGGCAGAUGUUCGGAGAAACACGACAGUGGCCGUGGCUCAGCUGUGAAGGACUUCACUCCCAACCGGGACAAGAAGUCUGACCACGAUGGCAGCAGGGAACAUUCGAGUUCCAAGCGCAGGGAUGAGAAGAGCGAAUCAGCACGGAGGAAAGACUCCCCGUCCCGAACCAGAGACUCCACAGCAGCGCAGAAGAGCAAACCGAGGGAGGAGCGCGUGGAGCCCCCCAAGAAGGGCCCCGUGGAGCCCAAGCGCAGCAGCUACAGCCCCCCCCGGGAGCGCAAGCCCGCGGAGCACAAAGCUGUGCACGACUCCAAACGGCCCGAGGAACACAAACCGCCGGAGAAAAACCCCGGCAAGGAGAAGGAGAAAGAGAAGCAUGUACCAGAAGUCAAGAGCAAUAAGGAGAAAGAGCCAGGUGGGAAUAAACCACCCGUGAAACAGGAAUCGCCGGAAGCGAAGCCGGAGAAGGAGGCGGUGGCGGGGCAGGGCACGGCGGGCGCGGUGAAGCCGAAGCCCCCGGUGAGCAGCAGCAGCAGCGCCGCCCGCCUCUCAUCUGACCUCACCCGUGAGACCGACGAGGCCGCCUUUGUGCCUGACUACAACGAGAGCGACAGCGAGAGCAACGUGUCUGCCAAGGAGGAGGAGGCUGCGGGGAAAACGCCGAAAGAAGCGAAAGAAAAGGCUGUGGAGAAGGCGAAAGAGGAAGCAGCAGCCCCGGCUCCACCCGAGCAGCCGGAGGCCGGCAGGAGCCAGAGCCAGAGCAGCCCCAGCGUGAGCCGCAGCCGCAGCCACAGCCCCUCCGAGAGCCAGACCCGGAGCCACAGCAGCAGUGCCAGCUCAGGGGAGAGUCAGGACAGCAAGAAAAAGAAAAAGAAGAAAGAGAAGAAGAAGCACAAGAAGCACAAGAAACAUAAGAAGCAUAAGAAACACAUGGGAAAUGAACCAGAAUUGGAAAAGAGCCAAAAACACAAACACAAGAAGAAAAAAUCGAAGAAGAGCAAAGAUAAAGAGAAAGACGACCAAAAAGUGAAAUCUGUCACGACAUAAACCGACAGAUAAUGAAAAAAUGACUUAAUUCCUAAGUCAUCUGUAUUAAUUUUGUUAAAAUGUAAACGACUUCAAGCGUUGUAAAUAAUGACAUGAAAGACCCUGUGCUGCACUUAAAAUAUUGCUGCUUGAUUAUUUGAUUUUUACAUCAGAGCUUUAUAAAAGUGAACAUUUUGUACAGAAUUGUGAGUUGUGACCAUGUAACAUGAAAGGUUUUCCUGGGGCAUCUUCUUUUUAACCACCAUUAAUUAGUUUGGGUGGAGUUUACUGUACUGUGAAGAAUUUCACAUUUGGGUUUUUUUUAAUUGCCUGGCAGAAGCAGCUGGUACCAGUUACCAAAUACCGGCAGAUGAAUUUGCAGAAUCCAUUACAGCCCUGUUAUGUCACCUUUUGAUUACAAUAAAGAAGUUUUCAGUAAAUGA